AUGGGCCUUUUCUCCGCCUAUGCGGCCUACUUUACUCGAAAGACCAGUGCUGUUCGCUAUGGGAUGUUUUUGCCAAUGAUUAACAAUCUAGUCAGCCUCGUUUGCGGCUUAAUGAUAUUCGCCACAGUCUUCUCCACACUGGUUGCAACUGAGCCAACCUACACAAUCCCGCAGAUAGUUGAGAUCAUGAAGGACGCUGGUCCGGGAAGUACAGGCCUCACAUUCAUGUGGUAA